AUGUCGAUGAACUCUCCACCGAAUGAGGUCGUGGUUGAAUCAGACGUCACGCUUGAGUAUAAGUCAAUGCCGUCAACCAUUGACAUUAAAAAAGGUAGUGAAGACAAUAUUUACAGUGUCUGGCGAGAUUAUGGCCAGAGUUUCUCGGUGAAUAAUCCCGGAAAAAUUCAAAAUUAUGAUAAAGAUAAGGAAACAAAUAAAUCUUCAAUUAAUCAAGUGCAAGCUGAGGAUAAACAAGCGCUAAGUAGCAUAUAUUCGGAUUCAUCAUUAUCUAGUGAUGCGUUUCCAGAUAAAAUGCUUGUUCAUAUCAAAUUAUUGAAUUUUAAUCCAUCACGAAGACUAAAUUCCGAUGUCAAACAAUCAAUUCGUAUUGUGAUCGGAUCAAUAUUUUAUCUUACCAAACCAAGUACAUCUCUUGAAGAACAAUUGAAAAAGAAAAAGAAUGGACGUGUUAUUGUUCCAUUGACUAAUAGAUUUCCACAUUUACAUAAAAUUGGUACCAUCCAAAUCAACAUAAAAUUUCAUUUUUCAAAUGACUUGGCUCUAAAUUCCCAAACACAAUCCAAAGUGGCUCCUUUGAUUCACGAUGAUUGUGAUUGUAACGAAUGUUUUAACCUCGAGAUACGCCCUGAAACAAUAUCUCUUGGCAUACUUGAUACAGUAUUAAGUCAAGAGACUAGAUAUGCGAUUAAAGAAAUUACUGGUCUUUAUCAUACGUUUUUUGGUCAUGGGUGGAGAUUGACAAAAUUAGAAUUUCUAAAAGCGUAUAUGUUAUUAGAAAAGUAUUAUAGUCAAAAAGACAACCCUAUUACAGGAAAUUUGUGCCAUGAUAAGAAUAUGAUAGGAGAUGCUCUGCGAUAUUUAAAGUUUUCUAUGUCGUCAUAUGGAUCUUUCUUGUUUAAUUGGUUUGGAUAUGGUCCACCAAAUCCAUUUGGGAUAACUUCUGAGAAAAAGAUUAUUCGAAAUUUCUUCGGUCUUGAUAAAAAUGAUAUUAUCUGUUGGGAAUAUGACCAAAACGCAGUUUCGGUACCUAAUUAUAUGGUGAUCAGAGAUCCAGAGACGAAUUCUAUUAUUGUAUCUAUUCGAGGAACCAUGAACGUUACGGACUUAGUUACUGACUCCCUAACACAUUACGAAUCAUGGAAUGGCGGUUUUGUUCAUCGUGGAAUAUUGUGUAGUGCGCAAUACCUUAUAAAUCAUUCCUUAAAAGACAUCCGAGACGCUGUAAUAAAAUAUAAUGCCGAUUCCAUAAAAAUCAUAGGACACUCAUUAGGAGCAUCCGUAUCAUCUAUCACGACCUUACUUUUGCGAGAGCGAUGCAAAGAUAUGCUUGACCGUGGAAUUAAUAUUCAUGCAUGGAAUUUCGCGACUCUUCCAUGUUGUUCGCUUGAUAUAGCAUCGAAAGUCGAUACAAUGAAGUGCAUUCAUAAUUUUAUUAACGAAAACGAUGUUAUUCCGAGAUUGAGUUAUGGAAAUUUAAUGGAUUUCAAGGAGUUAGUUAAAUUUACCGCUAGUGAAUUAAAGAAUGAAGAAUAUAAAGAGGUAUACCAUUGUUAUGCUUUAAAAUGA